UAAUCCGCUAGUCCUGUGGAACCCGCUCACAAUCGCUCCCAGCUGUUCCGCCCACAAUCCUAGAUGAGGCAGACUUGCGGCGUCCGCCUUCGGACCCACUUUGGGGAAGUUUUGCUGUGUGGCUCGUGGACUUUAGUGGAGCUAUUAAUACUAUUUACACUAUAAGAUGCAGGUAUCGAAGAACGCAUUUGGGAAGGUGCUACAGCUUGAGCUUUCACUAUGAUCUCUCACACUCGCAGGGCCUUGUUAUCGCUCGUUUUUGCGCCAUGGGUUUCGGCGGCUCCUGCCAUGCAACGCUCGGAACUGUUGCUCGUUGAAUCGCUUCCUGCGUCAUGCAAUUUCGAUUUAAGCACGAUAAAGCAUGAACUGUGUACAAUUGUGCAUGAUUUGGCGGAGAUCAUGGAUGAUGAAGCUUUGAACACACCUUACAUCAUUGAUCUGAGCGAAUACUCAUGGUCCGAGAAGGCGGAGAGAUUCACAGCCAGUGCAGCAUACCUGCAGACGGUUUCUGACAUUCCAAUUGCUGCCCAAUCACUCAACCACGAUCCAGGCGCUAGGCGACCCAUAGCUAUUGAGCAUAAUACUCGGUCUCGUGAACAUGUGAACCGUAUCAUCAGCUCGAUUAACAAGUUGGCAGCUAAUUCUGCUACUGUCAACUUUCCCGAGAUUCAAAUCUCAACCAACGGCGGACCUGUUCUGAUAAGCUUUCUAUUCAUGUCUGACAGGCACAUGGAUAAGCUUGAUUCCGUACGGUGCACUUGCCGCUUGACUUGGGAGUCACUUAAUGCAUGCGAUCGAGAGCCUUUGGAGUCUUUGAAGAUAGUCCUUCCAAAUAAUGAUCGACCGAAAGGGCGUAACCUCAUGGAAGAGCUGCUCGGGAGCCAGAUCCAGUGGGAAAGGGACGAGGACAGCGAUACGAAUAGCGAUAUUUUCGAGAAUAGAGGGAGCGAUGCGAGCGAGACGAACAAUCGCCCUAGAGAUGGUCACAACGACGAUAUACGCGGUCAUGAGGAAAAUGUGAACGAAGGUAAUGAUGAGAAGCCAGAUGACAGACCACCAGGGGAGAAUCCUACCGAUGAACAAGAUGACAAACAGGAGUCUAUUCCACCAACUAAUCGCAACUCUUGGUCGCUAACAAUUAUCCUAUUAAUGACUAGUUAUGUCUUGAUCAUUGCGACAAGGCUGUACUAUCCCCGAUUACGUGGGCUCCUCAGGUCAUACCAGGAGCCAAAUUGUUUUCGCGUUGGCGAAACAGUUCUCUUGCGCUGGGCACGUGAAGAUAUGGACUUCGAUGAUGAGGAAGAGGAUACCAUGGUCAAUGGGAGCGAUGGUCUCAUCAGGGGCGAGGAAAUCCCAUUGAAACCUAGUCCUAGAAACAAUUUUGUCCUCCAGUAUGGCAGUGCGCAAUGAUUAUCAUGUGCAGAGGGAUAGUGCAGAUAGAGUAUAUUCAGGCCACAAGGGAUCCUUUCAAUCGGGCUGGCGAAGAUCUGGGCGGAAAGGGAGAAAAAGACAUGACAGAUAUAUUACGAGUGGCUACUACUAAUAUAACCAGAGGGAAUGCAAUAUCAUCCCGGGUCCAGGAAUAAUCCAGAGAACGAACA